UAACAAGAAUAUGGUAAGCUUGGAAAUCCCAUGGGACAGUGACAGCUAUGUGUGACAUUCAGUAUAACAGGUCAUUGGAAAUGAAUGGAGACCUAUGGUAAGGGAAAUAUCCCUUGGUCUACAGCGACUACUACUGGGCAGUGUUUCAUCCUAGUUACGGGAUGUUUACAAGCAAACAUUGAGGGGCUGGGGCCUGGUUGUCAUGGAGGGCAAGUGGAUAUAACUUGAAGCCCUUCCACUUGGUGUGGCAGCAGAAGAAGAAAGAAAGGAACAAGGAACAGAAUAUAAAUAUUAUCAUUUGGUGCCCGCCCCGUCUGUCAGAACUUUCUUAGAGAUUCCUGCGAUGAUAAAUGUGUGAAUCCUAUAAAGUCAGGGCUUGUCUCGCGCGCAGUCAGUUCCUGCAUGACCGAAUAGCAGAAACAUACAGAAAAUGGGCUUUCUACUCACUGCUGCCCUCUUGUGCAUUGUGUCUGGCAUUGCGGCUCAGCACAGUAAUCAAAGGCAGAACCUUGCCCUCCGGGGCCGCGCCACUCAGUCCUCUACUUACUACAAUUACAACAUUGGAUAUUUAGCCCUCGCUGCUAAUUCUAAUGAUGGAAACUUGGAUUCUAACUAUUACCAUGGCUCCUGUUCCCUCACCGGCAACGACAUGUCCCCCUGGUGGCGAGUGGAUUUACUGCAGCCCAAUAAGAUCUCUCAGGUUGUAGUGACCAAUAGGGGCAACUGCUGUUCAGAUGGCCUCAACGGUGCCUUAAUUCUCAUUGGUGAUUCACUGAAUAAUAAUGGCAAUAACAACCCAAGCUGUUCGCAGAUCACUUACAUUGGAAAUGGCGCCACUCUGACCUUUGAGUGCAAUGGGAUGGUCGGGCGCUUUGUCAACAUUGUAAGACCAGGGAUGGCGAUUGUGCAGUUAUGUGAAAUUCAAGUGUAUGGGGAACCCUUGCUGGGCCCCAUCUGCCCCACCAACAAUCUGAUCAAAAUAGACAAUCAAAAGAGCCGUUGACCCAUUGAUGGAAUUGAAUGGAAAUCCCAGGAAUCAGGUCCUACUGCCAUUCAACACAGUUACCUCUAAUGAGUAAUAAUAGAGAAGGGACCUCCAGGAGAUGAAGCACAUGGAACCUCAUCCAAGUUGUCUCUUCUAUCAUGUGUUUGAUUUAUCUUAAUAAUAGUAAAUUUGAUUACCCAAUGGUCUUAUGCUAUAGUUGGCCAUGCAUAAUUGUCUUUGUGUAUUCAUUUUUAUAUCUACCCAGAAUGCAUUAAUAUGUGAUUGAACUGUAUGUUGGUGAUUAUGAAGAGACUAAUCAUCCAGUUUACCUGAGGAGACUGAUCAAAGCUUGGAGAAGGGACCUCCAGGAGAUGAAGCACAUGGAACCUCAUCCAAGUUGUCUCUUCUAUCAUAAUAAGUCAAAAAGGGAUUCUGGGAACAAAUUCCUUUAGGCUCUUAAAAAAGUCCCAUUUACAUGGGUUUAUCCUAUA